AUGCUUGGUGCAGGGCAGGUGCUCAACGCGGUGGGCUUUCUGGGCAUCGCGCAUGAGGCUGAACCGUUCAAGCCUUCUGGCUUGCCAGUGGAGCAGCCAAAGCUGAAGGGCUGCGGCCCCUACGAGAUCUAUCGACCGGGCCAGGUGCCCUCUUCGGUUUUCGCGGAGCGCCGCGGUGGGAGCCAUGAUAUGCAUGUGGGGCCAGCUGCGGGCAAGGUGUGCUUCGAGGACACAAUGUGCUUCUUCUCCCUGUGUCCCAACUCGGUGGGCAAGCUGAACGCCCCAGGCUACGGGCCGAAAGUGAGCGGGUGGCUGCCGCUGGAGAUCCGAGGAGCGCCUCCAGUGCCGAUGGAGGAUGAGGAUGAGGAUGAGGAGGAGAACUGCAUGGGCUGGCAGUAUCAGCCCGGCGGCGGGGCCCGGCUAGUGGCGUUGUCCCUGGAACUAGUGGAGGAGGUUGGCCUAUGCCUCGGGGAUGAGGGCGAGAGAGCCAAAGCGCUCCGGCAAUCAUUGGCUGUCUUCCGGCAGCAAAGCAAGGUGCUGGCGGACCGCUGGCGGUCGCUGAUCACGCGCUGCUGCCACGCCUUCCCGGGGAUGCCGCCAGAGGUGGUGUGGGCCAUCGCCGAGAAUGCGGAGCAGAUGGAAGUCCCUGCCGGGGAGGUUUUCAUCCGAGAGGGUGACAAUGAUGAAGACUUGGUCCUCAUCGAGGAAGGCCUUGCAGUGGUGGAAAAAACUGUUGCCAAUGGCGAUCGGCCAAGGACUAGCGUGGCGAUCGGCAAGCUUGGCGCCACCGCGAUCAUCGGCGAUGUGGCUUUGAUUGGUGCAGCCUUGCCGCGGCCGGCCAGCGUGCGCGCCGUGAACUUUGCAGAGGAGUGGGGCUACGAAAGCGUGAAGCUGAAGUGGAUCCUGCGGCUGCCGGCGAAGGCGGUGUCUGAGGUGCUGCAGCGCUUCCCCGGCGCGCUGGGUGGCAUUGCAGCCCGCCUCAAGGAGGCUGGCAACUUUCUCAUGAUGAAGUUGCCAGUUCGCUACGAGGUCGUCAACGGUCUCAAGGUUUUCGAGGGCACGGAUACGAGCUUCAGAAAGGAGGUUGCCGCCCAUGGCAAGCGCUACGUGUGCACCAUCGGUGAGACCGUGGCUGACGCGAACAGGCCGGAGGACUGUAUCUACGUGCUGGAGUACGGCACCUGCAGUCUGGAGAACGAGCAUCACCAGCAAAUGGAACAGGUAGUCGCCAGCUCUGCCGGCUCUGUUUUCGCGGUAACGGACACCGUCUUUGGAAUUGCUCGAACUCCUGGCGCCGUCGCAAAGGUUGUGAGCCCCUUCGUCGCGAUUAUGGAGAUCCGCCAGAAGGAUCUGACGGAUGCUCUUCAGCGACACUACGACAGGAGGCCGCCGCCUUUUGCCUCGAAGAUCUUGCCAAAUCAGAGCUCUGUGCAACACCUGGUGGCCACCACGGAUAUCUUUGGGAAGGUCUCCCUGAGCUUCGUGGAGGACCUUUGUGCCGGUGCGCAAGUACGCAGCUACAUGCCUGGGCAGACGCUUUGCAUCCAAGCCAACCAGGACAACGGGCAGAUGUUCCUGGUGCGCGGCGGCACGCUCUUGGUCGAAAAGAACGGCCGUCGCAAGAAUGAGACGAGCAGCUGCCUUGGGGACUUGAUGAUCCUGGGCGCCGAGCACCAGCGCCCGAGCACUGUGCGUGCGCAGACCUUGGUCUUCACCCUGGAGAUCCCCCGUUCGGCCUUUCUGCAGGCAAUCGACAAGCACCCGGAUGAGAGGCGCCAGCUUGAGAACUACGCGCUGCAAACCAUCGGCAAGCAUGAAGACCAGGGGGCCGGCAUCAAAUGGCCGAUGCAGAAGUGUGCGCCGCAGCGCAUGAGCUACUUGCUGAACCUGUUCGCUGGCUGCAAGUUGUACGACCCCGGGGAGAGCGACUGGAAAAGGCUUGCGGAGGAGUCUGCUCUUCUAGUGGUGCAAGGUGAGGCAUCGCUGGUCGACGAGGAGGAUCGAGAAGUGGAGGUGCUUCGCUGCGGGGACACCUUCAACGAGCAAAUCUUGCUGGGCAUUUCGGGGGCCAGCAGCGCGUCCGGCUUGAGGUUGGAUCUCCGGAUGCCCUGCGAUCUCCAGUUCGUGUCCUUGGCGGUUUGGGACAAGGUGGUGUCCGACUUCCCGCAAGAUCAAGAUAUGAUCUUCCGGAGUAUUCGGGACACCAUGGCGAACAAAGCCGCGAUGAAGCUGCACGGUACCUGCUUGGCUUCUCCGGAAAUGGUGCGUACAUCCCGGCUCAUGAGAUUCUUGUCUGAUGCCGCUAUUGAGGAUCUCAAGCAGCGCUUGGAGCCGGUGGUGGUGAAGCCCUUCGCCGAGAUCAUUACCAAGGGCAAAGCAGACGGAGUCAUGUACAUUCUGAUGUCUGGGUCGGCCUACGUUGAUGAAGGCAAGCGCCGAAGGGACUUCGUGGCGGGGCAGGUCUUCGGCGAGGCUGAAGCCCUGGGGGUCUCCAAGGCAUACAACAGCACCGUCUAUGCCGCGAACCUGUGCAUCCUCGCUGCGUUGCCCUGCGCCGACUUCUGGGCUGUGCUCCAGGACUACCCAGAAGACUGCCAGCUGCUGGAGCCUUUGUGCCAGACUGGCGAGGAGGCCCAGCUGGAGAGCAGGUUGGAAAAUCGUAUCUUCCAGUUGCCCAUGGCAGUGGAGCUGUCGAUGGAGUUCAUGGCUAUGCUUUGCGAACACAUGGAGGAUGCCUUUUUCGGCCCGGGAGAGGCGAUCUUUCGCUAUGGCGAAGAGUGCGAUUUUGCGAAGAGUGAGAUGUACAUCCUGCUGGCUGGGGAGGUGGAUAUUGAAACGGAGCUGGGUGUGGUCUGUGCCCGGCUCUCGCCCGGGGAGGUCUUCGGCGAGGGGGGGUCCAUGGGCGCGCCCCGCCGGAACUCCUCCGCGCGAGCCUGGGCCUCCGCGUACGUUCACUGCGCUAGGAUUCACGGGUCCUCCAUAGCUGCGGCGAUCAAGAAGUAUCCGCAGGAGACAGAGUGGUUCGACGAUUUGCGAGAGAGUCGCAAAGAGAUGAAUGCGGACUUCAUGGCACGUCGCAACCAAUGGCUGCAGCAGAGUGUCAUGCCGGCACUGGCUGCGGCUGGCAUCCUUAGGGGCCAUGCGGAAGGCUUCUUGGAAGAUGUCGCCGCGCCGCUAAUCGACAAGCCUUUCGGAGCCGGAGAGGUCAUUGCUCACAAAGCCUCCGCUGCGGACGCCAUGUUGGUGCUGCUGGAGGGCGAGGCCCAGGUGGAGAGUCAGAAGGGGGACGUCAUCGGCUACUACGGGGAGGGGGCCUCCUUCGGAGAGAUGGCCAUGCUAGGCCUGCAGGACACCUUCCCAGCCACCGUUCGCGCCACUGUGGACAGCAGAGUGCUCACUGUUCCGGCCACUGCCCUGCAGCGUGCCCUGAAGCUGCCCUCCCGACUGCCCAAGGAGUUGGAGGAGUUCGACCGGGUUCUGGCAGAGCGGCGCGAGCAGGUGGAGGUGGGCGUUCCAAUGACGGUGUUGCCCAUCGCGAUCGCGAAGGACGACGUUUGCGCCAGGGCGAUUGGGUUGCAGGCUGAGUUGAAGACAUUGAAAACCGGCGAGUGCUGGGAUCUUCUUCCUGCUACAGCAUCCUCUGGUGAUUGCUUUGCCGUGGUCACUGAAGGACGCGCUGUUCUGGAGCUGGCAUCCAACAACGCGCGGCUGAGGCGCCUGGGCGGUGACGAUACCUGCCCCGCGGUGCCAGUCAUGCCGCUGGCGCAGGGCGAUCUCAUCCUCGAGGGCCUGUCGGCCGAGUUCGCUUGCCGAGUGCGGGCGCUUUGCUCCUUAAAGGUGCACAGGGUGCGAUACAUCGACUUUGACGUGGCCACCCGCCUUGAGUCCUGCCCACAGGAUUGGCUGGCUCGCUUUCGCAUGUUGGAGUCCGCCACCCGCAAGCAGCUGGAGCAUAGAGGCGGCGCCGCCAAGGGCGUGGUGGAUGCUUUGCAGGAUCACGUGUUCAACCAGGACCUCAUGGAGUAUGGAGGACGACGACAGAAGGCCAUUUCAGUGAACCGCAAGAUCAAGUACAAGCAAGGAAGUUUGGUCAAGGAUCUCUCCAUGAUUCUUCCGGAGCGCCUGGGGCGCAUGCCGCACCCGGUGGUCGCCCGGCCGAAGACGUGGCACACGGCCUCAAUCCCCCGGCAGAGCUCGGCGCCUGCUGGGCUUCUGUCGCAGCAGGAGAGGCACAAGCUGAAGGUGAUGCAGAGAUGGCCCAGUGCCUUGGAUCAGCUGGCGGCCACCUUCCCCGGCUUGAGCCGGGAGGUCGUUGCAGAGGAAGUGCUCAAGGCGAGGGGCAACAAGGCAAGUGCUGGAGGCGCUCUCCAGUCCAAAGGAAGCCCAGCUGCGCAACGGCCCAGGUCUGUGCGGCUGCCGGAUUUGGCUUCGCGGCGCUGA